GCGCCCAGGUGUAGCCGAGCCCUCGCGCAUAUUCUUGAUUGGUGCACGCGCGAAGUGUCAAAGUCAAGCAGAGCUGCUGACCUACAGAGCGCGCGCUGCUACAGCCUCCUCACACACUGCACUUUUAUAUUAAAGGUUCUUCCAGAGAAGAUCAGUGACGGCGCCGGGAGUUUGUGGAGUCUCAUCACACAGAGUCACCUCAGAUUAAUAGACCUACAGAGAGAGACGGAACGGGAGAUUUCACACAUCGGUCGACAAUUGACAUCAGUACGCCUGCAGAAAAAGAUCCUGAAUUGCGAGACCGCAGGUUCAGAGAGUCCACAGGCUGCCGCUGAACAUUUGCAGAGAAACGUAACCUCCGAGAUCAGCACUUGCUUUUCUGGGGGCAAGCGUGACCUACAGAAGUGUUUUGUAGGUACAGCGGUCCACGCAGACCAGCUUCAGUUUCGUGAGCAGGCCCUCGUCGCCCUGCUGAGCAUGCUCGGGGAAAACGUCCAGAGAUACAGAGAGGAAAGUACGAAACUUGACCACCUGACCGAAAAACUGAGUAACGGGAUGCCAGGAAAGAGUCAGCCGGACACAAGAAUGGAAACAGACGGCAAAGACGCGCGUAGCUCGAACGACACUGACACACUUUCAAACGGACAUGUCGCCGUAACGACCAGUAACGUUGAGGACGAGGAGAAGAAGAACUGGAGAGCCAAUAUAAAGGCAUCGCUGAUGAAAGCGACUACUCUCACACGAUCGGGAAGCGUGAAAACCCUCAUCCACAAGUUCUCCGUUUCCGAGAGCACUCUGCAGGUUACGGAAAAAGACAGAACAGGAAAUGCGAAAGAGAGUGAACUUCCCGCUGUAACCGUAACGCCUCCGUCUGGAGAGUCGAGGAACAUUUCCGAUAGUCCAAAUACACACUCGCACUCUGACCGGGUUGACCAAGAGAAUGGACCAACGAGCCCUGCGUCUGAGGAGGGUUCUCUUACCCCUAAAGUGAUCCACAGCCCAAAGUACCAGAUGUUCUUAGGAUCCGAUCACGUCAGAAACGGUGAUAGCGGUCCAGGUGGACCCACUGAUGCUAGUGGAGCCCUUUCCAACUCCAAUUUGUCCCACUGGAAAUCGAUGGAGUCGUUGCCUUUGAGAGACUGGGACAGCAGUCCCAACAAGUUUGGCAGUGCUGAGGCUCCUCCCAGAGUUUUUAACAGCCCCUACGCGACCAUCUCACUGGACUACAACCCUGUAGGCCGAAUGUCCGAAUACAAGAUGCCGGAGCGGAGGUCUCCAACACCAUCUGAGAUGAAUUUAUUCACUUUAAACCGAAGCACAAGUCCUGUGAACACCGUUAACGCUCCCCGGACACGAUACCCUGCCUACGCCACUCUCGGCCGGAGACAAGCGCAAGCCCCUCCAUCACAGUUCUUAAUGAGGAACAAUUUGCCCAACAAACGGGAUUACAUUGAAGAGCUGACCAGACAGCUGGAGGAAUGUCAGAGAAGAAACCAGUUUCUGGAGGCAGAGAGCAUUGAGCUGGAGAAGGAAAGGACUCAGAUUCGUUUCGAGAUGCGGAAUUUGCUGGUGAAUAACGAGGAUCUGCUGCGCAUGAACACGCAGCUCCAGGCAGAACUGAAGAGGAUGAGGGAUAGGAUCGUCGAACUUGAGAGCGACAACAAUGUGAUGGUGGAGCGUUUCAAGCAGAUCGAUGUGGAACUGAAAGAGGCCCGAGAAGUUAUGGUGGAAGCAAACACUCAGGAAUACGCCUUUAACUUCCUGCAACAGUCACUCAAAAACAGAAUACAAGAUGCAGAGGAGGCUCUGGAGAAGCAGACCCAGCAUGCACAGGAGCUGUCUGAGAAACUGUGGCUGGCCGAGAGGAAUCUGGAAGAGAUCGAGAUUGAAAAAGAUACCAAGGGAAAGAAAGCAGUAGAGCUCAACAGCACCGUAGACAGACUGGAGACUGAGCUGGCAGAGGCUCUGCAGCAGGCAUCUCAAGCGAGUUCUGAGUUGAGUCUACAGCAGAAACUCCGAGUAGACACACAGCUGAGAGUGGAGGAGCUGGAGGAGUGUGUGUUGGAGAAAGAGCAGGAGAUUAUGAGCUUGAAGCAGAUCGUCAGUCGCCUACAGGGAGAGGUCUCCGAUAAGCUGAUGGAUAAGGAGCGGUCUCUAGAAGAUGAGAUCCAAUUGAGGGAGAAAAUUCAGCUUCAGUGUAAACAGGCUGAGAGAGCAUUGGAGGAUUUACAGAUGGAGCUGAACACACUCUCACAGACCAGAGACGAUCUGAGCAAACAGCUCAAACUGGCACAGGAAAAAGUGAUUGACCUGGAAACUGACCUGGAGGAGAUGCAGGAGAAUGAGCAAAGGCUGAUCACCAAACACAAGAGAUCAGUGGAUCAGUUUGAACAGAUGCAGGUGAAACUGAUACAGGAGAAGGACCUUAAUGAUAAACUGGAGUGUGAGAAAGUCAUCCUGGAGAGACAGGUUCGAGAGCUACGGGGUGAAAUCGAGGAGCUGCAGAAUAACAGAGUUCAGGAGCAUGUGAUCACUAAAGCAGAGGCCAGAGCUAAAGAACUGGAGAACAUGCUGAGAAUGGAGGAGAGAAGUAAAGUGGUGUUGAACAACACCAUCAGUAAGCUGGAGAGGAAAAUUAAUGAACUGAGCGACCAGUUGGAGGAGGAGCACAAGAUCAGCAACGAGCAGAAAGACCUGAUGACCCAGAGAAUGAGAUCUAUGAAGAGGCAGCUGAACGAAGCAGAAGAGGAGACGAGUCGCCGCGAGGCUCAGUUCAGAUACACACAGCGAGAGUUAGCAGAGGAGAGAGAGUCCAACUCUCGAUUACAGAAACAGCUCCUCGACCUCCAGCUACAGAUGAAGAGAAAGGAGUCCGUAAUGAUGAGACAAACUCUGGAUAACUAUACCUUAAAGCUGAACUUGUCUGAUGAUGAUGAUGAGGAAGAAAAGAAGAAGCCCGAGGAGCCCGUUUCAGCCCAGAAAUGAGCGAGAGAGCGAGAGAGAGAGAGAGAGAGCGAGAGAAAACAAACUGGUGACUGUAUAGAGAUGGUGAAUGUACAACGAAGACAAGUUGCAAAAACAUUUACAGCAAACCAAACUCCAACAAAACAAAUGUUCAAUUUCUUUAAAAAAAAAAAAAACGAAACAAAAAAAAAGAGGCACUUUUUAAUAUUUGUGUCAGUAAGUUUAAUAGCUGGGAUCUAACCAAUCUUUCCACCUGAGAAAGGAAACUUCUGUUUGUUGGUGGGUUAUUUUUAUAAUCGACUUUUAUAUGGAGAGAGUUUUCAGUCCAGACAAUAAGCUUAACUCUGUCUGCUAAAUGUUUCGCAGGGGUUUAGAGGUGAAUACGGUAUGUUCUCGCUGCCAAACACAUCACACAAAGUGGUCUUCGUAGAGAAAUGUGCAUGCCAUGCACCGUUUAUUUUUUAACUGUAUAGAGGAACAUCUUACUAUUUAAUUUAACUGUUUUUUUUUUCUUUCUUUCUUUCUUUCUUUCUUUUGUUUUCUGUCCUGAAGGUGUACAUGCUCUAAGAAUAAUGUAAAUACUUUUGCAAACAUUAACAAAUACAUUUUUCAUUUUAGAAUUCAUCGUGUAAGACUAGGAUGUUAAUGCUAGUCGGGAAAAAAUAAUAGUAAUAAAUAAAUAAAUAAAUAAAUAAAUAAAUAGGGCAAUUCAUUUAGAACUGUUUUAUAAAAGAACUUUGAGGAAUGUUUUUGAGGUUUGUCCCAAAUAGUUUUAUUUAAUAAUCGGCAUUAGCGUUUCUGAGUGCCGUAAUCCGUCGUUUCUUUACUUGGAUUAUAGUUUGACCAAAUGACAGAAAUGCUAAUGUUACAAAUAAUGAUUCAUGAAUUGAAAUGAAAUGGUAUUUAAAUACGCAUUGGCUUCAAUUCAGUUUCACCUAAAUCCUUUAUUUAAAAUGAGCUCUCAUGCUCAAAUAUGCAUGGAAAUAGUCUUUCCUAAAGCAUUGUUGUAAAUGUGUGUGUUCAUUCCUGCUAAUUAUUCAAAUAAGAUCUUACUAUCGUGCUGACAGAAAUAAACAGCUUAGACCCGCAUGGGUUCCGUGUCGGUCUGCGCUGGUGUACGCGAGUUAGUGCUGGUCUGGUGCGGGUUUAGUUUGGACAAAAUAUGCUCAUACUAAUCAUAAAGCAUACAGUAAUCAUCAUAACCAAAUGGCAAAAGGCUGUCAUUCACUCUUGUGAGAACUUUCUCUAAAACUGUCCCUUUGUAAAAUGUGCUAAUAUGCAUGGAAAUGGUCUUGUUCCUUGUGCAUUAAUAUAAAUGUAUGCAUUCACACAAA